AAAAAAAAAGAAACAUGAUUUAAAUACUCAUUGCGAUGGACCAUAGCAUAAUGCUAUUGAAUUUGAAAGAAAAAGAAGAAACAACAACAAUUAACAAUUGAAUAGAUUUGAGAAAAGAUUUAUCAAGCCUGCGGUGCCUUGAUGGGUAUCAUUUAUGAAGUUAAAAGUGACAUGAGGCUCUGCGAAGCAACAGAGAUACACACAAAGAAGCUAAGUAUAAGAUACAUACGAUAAUCAUAAACAUAUUUAACAUCUUUAGACGGCAUCAUAGUCAUAGACAUGACAUACAUGUACGGCUUACAAGACUUGGUUCGUACCGUAGAAUCAGAAACACGACUGACCUAAAACACGGGCCAAAGACACAAAGCUCUGUAAGUGAUAAAGGAAUUGAAAUGAGUACCGAUGAAGAUGUGGUGCCAAACAAGACGUACACAUGUAGCGGGAGAGAUAAAAUGCACACACCAAUCAACGAAGAGAAGCAACGGAUGAAGCGAACGAUGUGCUUACACUCUUACGCUCUCGCGCGCUCUCUCUCAUUUUCAUCACUCUCUGUGUGUAUAGUAUAGAAUAUACGCUGCAUGUAUGUACGUUUGUUGUUUUUUUUGUUCUCUCGCUGGCGGUGAAUUAUUUGCUACCGCAUAAGCUUGAUGUACGGUGACCGGGACCGAUUCGAAGCAGUUCGUAUAUAAAGGCAGCACUAUACAAACGGGUAGUUCAGUUUACGGUUAAUAUUCAAUUUUUGCAUUUUGAAUAGAAACGAAAGCGACGAACAACAACACCAACAAUCAAAUUUAAAAGAACAUUGUCAAUUCGUUUUAUAUCUUCAAUCGCUGACAAAUAAUAUUGUUCAAGAGAGAGAAAAAAAAUAACGUUGACGAAAAAUAAGAGAUCCAGAGCGGAAAACAUCCCUUGUAUUUAUGUGUAUGUGUCCUUCUGAAUUGAUUGUUGUUUUGUGCCAAUGUCAAGUUUCUGCAAACGAUUGAGUUCCUCUUGAGCAUUUCCGAACAAAUAAUUUGAAGUGUUAUACGAGCUACCUGCAUCGAUUGUGUGUAUAUGAAUUGAGACUUCACCAAACAAAAAAAUUGUGCGCCUAGGUCAAGUCAGUGGUAAAGAUCUACCAUUGAAAUUUCCAAGUAGGAAACAAAUCAUAAAGUGAUAGGAAAUUUUCAAAUAUUCAACAAUGUAUUUACGCGUGCUAUUUUCAUUGAUACUAAUCAACUGUGUGUUGCUUUCGAAUGCCGACCACUGGGGUUAUUUACCAGAAGAAGACAACGGCGUUGUCAAGGGAGUUGAAGAAUGGGGCGGAAAGUGUCGAAAUGGAUCACGACAAAGUCCUAUUGAUUUGGCAAAAGAUGCAGCUGUUAUGGGACGUUAUCCAUCUCUAUUCUUUCGAAACUAUGAAAAUCUAUUGGAAAGUGCGAAAAUUCGCAAUACCGGCCAUUCAUUACAAAUUGAUAUUCCAAAUGAUCAAGAGUAUUUAAUCACUGGCGGCGGAUUGCCCGGUAUAUAUAAAAUGGAUCAAAUGCACUUUCAUUGGUCGUCCGAACACACAUUAGAUAGCAAACGAUUCGGCUUGGAAUUGCAUAUUGUGUCGCACAAUCAGCGUUACGCAAACUUCUCGGAAGCUGUACAAAAUAAGCAAGGUGUUUCGGUGUUGGGUGUUUUAUUUCACAUAUCCGAUGAAAUCAAUCCGCUGUUGAAAAAUAUUUUGGAUAGCGCUGAAUCCGUUAAAGAUGCCGCCGGCCAAUCGAACGCAAUAAAAGCGCCAUUCUCACCGAUGCAACUAUUGCCAAAGGAUCGGUCAUCGUAUUUUCGAUAUGAGGGUUCACUCACAACGCCAUCGUGUGAUGAAGCUGUUAUUUGGACUGUUUUAGAUAAAACGGUACCAUUUUCAAUAACACAAAUCGAACGAUUUAAACAGGUAAAAGAUGCAGAGGGCUCAUUAUUGACACAUAAUUAUCGUCAAUUACAACGUCUUAAUUCACGUCCACUCGUAUACGUUCGUGACGAUUUCAUCGAUGGAGCGGGCUCAUCAUCGGAAAUGCAAUAUUUUUCACUGACAACAAUGAUUAGUGUACUCAUUUUCCAUAGCGUCACAUUCUAUUUUAUUUGAAAUAAUUUAAGAAUGUCAACAUUUGAUUGUACAUUCGCAACGGAAUGAUUUGAAUGACGCAUUUGAUUUGUAGGUUUUGUUUUUUUUUAUUGUCAAAAUAUUGUUAAAUGUGCAUGAUGUAUGUGUGACGUGAACAAAUUCUAACUAAUAGUUCUUGAUUCUCAAGUUUUAGGUGAUUCAGGAAACUAUCCAAUUAGAUGUGAAAAUAUUGCUUAUCACACACACGAAAAAAAAAUAAUCUAAAAAUAACUCUGCAUCUGUGCCAUCUUUUUUUACUCAUUGACUCUCUCUCUGUGUAUGUCUUCUUAUCUAACAUUUAUAUUUUGUAUUCAUUUCCGCGUGGCUUCACAAAUCAUGACAAACCUUUUUUUUCUCGCCUUUUUAUUCGAUAUGAAAAUCAU